ACUCGUGUGCUGUGUUCUUUUCACAAACCAAGCCCGCACAGCUGAGUCGGAAAAUCGAUGUCAUGAGUUCGGUAGUAAGUAAGUAUUCGUUCAACUCUUCUGUUCAUCCCUUCUCCUUAUGGCCCAUUGUCUCUGACCAGAUCAGAUAAAUCAAAGAACAAAUUCGUUCCAAAGGCGAAAGUCCGUCCACGUCGUGGAGCGACUGUCCACUCGGGGCCUUCCAACCUAGCUCUCCCCUCACCGAGGAAGCCAUCGCAACCCCCCGAGGAACUUCCGGGACCAUCAACGCCUCCACCCGUGCCCGAGCCCGUAGAACCAUCGUUACAGCCAGAAACAGGUCGUGAGACACCCGUAACAGAACUUGAGCGCCCGAGACGCCAGGUUUUGGUUCCUGCAAUCCGGACUGGGAGCAGAAAUGGGAUACCAUCCAUCCGGCAGACGAGCGCAGAGGACCCCUCCUCGCCAUCACGCUCCGGGAUCCCUAUUGUACACUCUUCGUUGAGCCGGGGAAUACCAAGGGUACGAGCUGUCGCCCCUGAAGAAGCGCCAACAAUACAACUCAGUUCUGCCGAGAGGUCUGCAGAAGCCUUGAGAGUGGUGGAUACGAGGCCAAAUGUAUGGCUGGCCACCGUGAUGGGAGGAACAGUUGAAAUGCCUGUGUUUCGGGAUUCCGAGAUUGGUACAGCCCAAGAGACGGGGGAGGUCGGCCAAGGAGAUGUACUAGUUAAUCCGGAGGAAUCUAGCGAGAACAUUGACGGAGGAGAGUCAUCUACAAUUGGAAAGGCAGCGAAGUCUCCAAGGAAGCGGAAAGCUAGGGCAGCCAAAGAUGGAUUACUCAAGAAGCGGAGGACAACACGAGGGAGACAUAAGCCUGUGGAGAGUGGAAUCCCGGCACAGGAACAGCAGGGAGAACAGGGCGGUGAGAAGGGAGUAGCUGGUGGGACGGGAGUUAAUGUUGAAGGAUACAACUCAGACAAGAACCCAUACGAAGAUCCACCAAAAUCCAGUAAACCAAAAAAGACCCGCCGCCCCAGAAAACCCGCAGCUAGAAAGACUCCAAAUGAACCAAAGGAACCCGACAACUCCAACGAAAAGAGGCCUAGUGGCCGCUAUCGUGCGCCGUCCCCAGAAGAUGGAGAGCAGCGCGAGAUAACUCCUUCUGUCAUAAAGAUGAAGGAUCUGUGUCGAGACAUCAGAAUCGGCAGAAAGUCCAAACGUUUUAUAGAGCUUGAACAAAUGGACUACACGAAACCAGCUAAUGAUCAGAAGGCCGCAAUGGCAGCUCUCGAAGUUAGACAAACUGCCGAUGAAGAAGGAGAGCAAGAAGCCGCAGAGGAGGGAAUUGAGCGGCUGGCUAACGAGAGGCAAAGGUAUGAUAAGCCUUGUUUCCACUUUUUUGAUGACUAUACACUUAUAUGAUGUUACAGUCUUCCAAGAGCCGGUGCUCCGCAAAUGCGAAUGGUUAACGGUGAACUUGUUCUUGACCAGGAAUCCAUUCAAGUGAACUCUCACGAACGUAAUCCCGUCGACCAGGAGUCUAUGGAAGUUGUUGAGGAGAACAUGGCAUUCCGUCGUAUUACAUCGGCGACCUAUAGUAAACACAAGAGAUCCGAAAGAUGGGAUACAGAAGAGACGGGAAAAUUCUACAAUGCCUUGUCCAUGUUCGGUACCGACUUUGAAAUUAUAUCAAAACUAUUCCCGGGCAGGAACAGACAACAGUUGAGGAAAAAGUACCUCAAUGAAGAACGGAAGGACCCCCAGAGAAUCACCGACGCCUUGAGGACUCGGGUGCCAACCAGUCAGUAUUCAGUGCACGUCAUCUGCAAGGCCCUUUCGCUAAUCAAGGUGCAGAUGUUGCGGAAUAUUCUGAAAUGGCCGAGCUCGAGAUCGGCGACCCUCAAUUGGUUGAAGAUGAGCUCGAAAGGAUCCGAGAAGCUCACGAAGCUGAAGAGGAGGCCGCGAUAGGCCAUGCAGCAGCAAUGGAGCGCGAAAGGCAAGAAAAUGCGAAUGCUGCAAUGCGCGCUGGGGACGAUGCAGCGGCGGCAGCAGCUGAUCAAAGCAAGAAAGGCCGGAAGCGGAAGGGUCCCAAGGAUAGAGGUGGGACUAAUCAUGGCGGGGAAGAAAUCCUCACGAUGAGUAGAGAAGAAUACGAAGCGGAAAUACUCAGGGAGCUCGCUGAAGCUGAGGAUCCGUGAUAUUUUCGUUUCUGUUGCCUUCCCUCUCUACCUUACUCUAAUAUUCAUGUUCUUCAGGUAAUGUGAGGGCAUACCGGUUGAUCUCAAAUGGCGUUGGUGGGUGACCGAAUUCUUCGCUCGUCCCAGGCAGAGCUUUCCACUAGUUUUUAUUUUCCUACAUCGCAAAGUACGGUAUCAAUGGCUAAGGUAAUUUGUAGCAUGCUCUAAAUAAAUUAUAUGUUUGCUGUCCAAUAACUAAUCCGCUAUAAACCCAUAAGUUAUAGAGUAUGGGGACAAAAGGGAUCGUCCGGCACGGCAAUGGCAACCCCAUAAUUACUACUUUAUAUAAAUUUACUACCUAUGCAACCACAACCACUUAGAAUAAACUGAAAAUUUUAAAUAGAC